AGGAUAGUCAAGAAGUUAGACUUAUGACGGUUUCUAGGAACCCGCCCCUGUUCACCAACAAGUGCUCUCUCCUGUCGAGGACCCAACACCAGGCGUGCAUGCAAUAUAUCGCUCCAGCUAGCUAGACGCCCGGGAAUCCUGCAAUUUGAUAAAAGUCCUGUACCCUUUCCACAUCCUCGCCAGUUUGGAAUUUGAUGAACUGCAUUAAGAAUAGAAAUUAACGUAAGUUAUUGCGUUACAGACAAGCAUACGCCAUGGCAAGCUGCAAAAAAGAUCACCUGAUGUGUCCAAUAUGUAUUGACAUCAUCAAAAACGCUACGAUAUUGAAUUGCGGUCAUACCUUCUGUCAAGGGUGUCUAGCAAAGAUCAACUACAAUGUUGCCAGACGAUGCUUGUCGUGUCCGGUGUGCCGAGCAGAGACGACGUGUACUAAAGGCCGGUCGGGUAUCGAGGGACUCCCCCGAAAUGUCAUCAUCAACAGUCUUGUGGCUGACUACCAGAUGUCUCUCAAUUCGGCGAAAGCGUGCCCCUUCCACAAAGAGCAUGAGAAGGAAUUCUUCUGCCUGGAAUGCAAAGUGCACAUCUGUGUGAGAUGCGUGGUCACCAGGCAUCUGAACCAUCCAAUGGAAACUAAAGAGGAUUUCGAAAGGGAGAUCCAGGAAAAGAUAGACUGUCUCAUGCAACGUGGCCAGGCUAAGAAAGAAGACAUGGAAAAAGUGAUCGCAUCUGCAGAGGCACCAAAAGCACAAGUGGCCUCUGCAGUGGUCAAUCUGGAGCAUCGUAUCAAGAAUGCAUUUGCCAGGAAAUCAAGGCUUUUGAAGGAAAAUGAAACCUUCUUACUGGAGGAAAUUCAUAUGUUGCAGAGAAGCUAUAACAGCAUCAUUGAUGACGACACAAUGCCGUAUAAGCAGGUUGUUGAGGAUAUCAAUCGAGCCUUGACGGUGAUCACAGCCGAUGAUCCAGGAAGCCUGGAAGCAGACAGCCUGGCUAGUCACACCAUGGUGUGCAACGAUUUGGAUGAACUCCUCAACAAAGCCCUUGCCAAAAUUGAUGCUGAGGUAACGGGGUGCGUCAAGGAGGCCGUGAUGAAUGCAGAAUUCCACCCGCUAGGAGACGCGCUGCUGAAACUUGGUAUGGUCAAGACCAAGAAGAAUUAGAUGAAAGUCUUGAGGGAUGUUCAGCUGCCGUGUUUGGCGGAGGGGUUGGCAGCGCAAACACAGAGGACACAGUGAAUGUUGAACUUUGGUUCAAGGAAGGUGACUGCAUGGAAAAUUGAGAAUGCGAUGAUGAUGUAUUUCAGUUCACGGAAAUGAAUACAAGGAAGUUUCAGAGUGUGAUGAUGAUAGAUUUGGGUACAAGGAAGCUGACAUUGAGGUAAUGUGGGACAUCGCCAAACUAUCCUACUGACAAUCAGCUGUGUCCCACGGAGCUCACACUGUCACGGUCUACAACUUGAAAGACAUACUGACGCAUUCCAAGUACCGAUGCAUCAGUGUAACAAAAUGAUAUCUGUUGACUUUGGGGACAUUUUUCCUCUUUAUUUUUCUUCAAAACAUUACAACGUGACACUACAUGAUUUAGAUUAUAUUUCUUUGUUAGAAAAUUUGCUUUUUAGGUUAAGAUCGUUAUUGAUGGGGGAGGGAAGGGGUACAUGUACAUGAAAAAGUCAAAAU